AUGGCGCCGCACUUUGGAGGUUUAUGGGAAUCCACGAUCAAACUCUUUAAACACCAUUUUAAGCGUGUCGUAGGAGAUUUGCUAUUUACAUUCGAGGAGCUGAACACAUUUGCCAUCGAAAUCGAAGGCAUUCUGAACUCUAGGCCUAUUACAUCGCUAUCAUCUGACCCGAACGACUUACUCGUGUUGUCCCCCGCUCAUUAUCUGAUCGGAAAGCCACUUACAGCCCUUCCGGAGGGCGAUUUGUCCGCUGUUCCAGCAAAUAGACUGUCCACCUGGCAACAUAUCUCAAAGGAAAGACCGAAGCUCGAAGUUGGAGCCGUGGUUCUUGUAAAAGACAAAAAUCUACCCUGUACACAGUGGGCCUUAGGCAGGGUCAUAACGACUCAUCCAGGUAAAGACGGAAUAGUACGAGCCGCCACCGUCAAAACGAAGUUUGGAGAGCUCAAAAGAGCUGCAAAAUGUUUGUGCCCGCUGCCAAUCGAAGGGGAGCACACAUAA